AUGAAGGAUUCAAUAACGGCGCUGUCCGAUCUUCCACUAGAUAUGGUAGAGGAAGUGAUCUCUAAGGUUCCGUUAACAUCUCUUAGAGCAGUGCGAACUACUUGCAAAAACUGGAAUGGUUUGUUCAAACAUCGUCGGAGCUUUACAAAGAAGCACAUCCGUAAAUCAAGAGCAGCAACGAAGAAGAGAGAGUUUAUGGCAAUCAUGAGGAGCAAUGCUAGUGUUGAUCUAAUGAGUUUCAAUUUCCGUGGACUUGACAAUGAUGACGACGUUGAAACAUUUAUAAAUCGAAAAGCUAAAUUCGUUAGCCUAAACGAUGGAGACGGAGUUGAUGAUAUAUAUAGCGUCUCCCACUGCCGUGGCUUGUUGUUAUGCAGCUGCAGCACCACCGGAAAAAAAAAUUCGAGGCUUAUGGUUUUGAACCCUUAUCGUGGGCAAACAAGGUGGAUCGAACCCAUUGACCACGAAUGCUACAUGGACUCGUACGCUCUGGGAUACGAGAAGAAGAAGACGAACUCGCGUCGUUGCCACAAAAUCUUGAGAUCCAUGUAG